AUGUCGCAGAGGGGAAAUUCGGAGACCGGUCAUGCGAAGGAGAGAGAUUGCCUCGAACCUACGCCUGUGGGAUUUUGGAGCUCAGGCCUUGCAGACGUGAGGAAGCAAGUAGCGGGAAAGUGGCUCUCAACCACGUUGAUCUUGCUCGCUUUUAUUAUGGUGAUACUCUCCCUCUACUGGGGUUCUCAGUUCAACACUGUCAAGAACUAUCACCUCCUUAACGUAUACAUCGCGGACUUCGAUGGCCAGGUUGAACCAUAUACAUCCACUACGCCGAUCAUCGGACCCGCCGCCGCCUGGGCCACCCUCAUCAUCAACCCGAACGCUACAGCACUUGUGAUGCAAGCAAUUCAGCAAGGAAACGCAUCGUAUGGUCCUGCGGGGGCGUUUCCGUUGGUCAUCGCGAGUGCGAGGGAGGACACAACAAUCUAUAGCUAUGUUUUGCCCGAUUUAACGACAACGAUGAACUUGAUGAUUGGUCAAGUGGGCCAGAUUAUGGCGGCGGGAAAUGAUACGUUGCUCAACAACUUGCAAGCCGUGCCUCAAGCCCUCAGCCCUGCCGUUGGAUUCUCCACCAUCGAUCUUCGGCCAGUCCUUCCGCCUGUCGCUACGCCUACCGUCUCGGUCGGCUUGAUAUAUCUCAUUAUCACCUCAUUCUUCGCCACAACCUUCUACAUGCCCGUCCACCAGCUCUUCCUUAACACUUCCGCCGGCCAUCCGCCUCUCAAAAAAUGCCAAUGGAUGCUCUAUCGCUAUAUCUCCUCCAUCCCCGCCUACUUCCUUCUGUCUCUCGCGUACUCCCUCGUCUCCCUCGCUUUCCUCAUUCCUUUCUCUCUCCCCUCUUACUCCCACACCUCCCCGCGUCCCAGCGCCACACGGUAUGGAAAGGGCAGUUUCGUCGUGUUCUGGAUCUUGAACUGGGUGGGAAUGACGGCUUUGGAGCUGGCGAGUGAGAAUGUCGGGAUGGCGGUAGGAAUGCCUUGGAUGGCGUUCUGGUUGAUAUUUUGGGUCAUUAGUAAUAUGUGUACGAGUUUUUAUACGAUAACUUUAGCUCCCGGGUUUUAUAAGUGGGGAUACGCGUGGCCUCAGCAUAACAUCGUUCAGGCUACGGGAACCAUCGUCUUUGAUCGCAAAUCCCACUGA